AUGUCAGAGGGAAUGAUAGGUGUGUACAACCGCUUCCUCGCGGACUUCCAGGGCGACAAACUCCGGGAGUGGAUGCUCAAUCACACUGAGGUCCCCGCCGUUGCGGUGGCGUUGUACCUCGCCCUCGUGCUAUACGUGCCGGACAGCAUCAUGGCACACCGCCAGCCAAUGAACCUGCGCGGGUACAACAUAUUGUGGAACCUGCUGCUCACCGUCUUCUCCGCAGCGGGCGCGUACUACUGUGUGCCGCGCCUGCUGGAGGCGCUCACGGCGGAGCGCAUCGGCGGGUUGGCUGUGGACCCCGCGCUGGGUCCAAACGCAACUGUGCCUGUUGUGCCUGGCAGCCUCUACAGCUCCACAUGUGUGUGGAACGACAGGAUGUUCUUCGACGGCCCCGUGGGCGUGUGGGUAGGCGCCUUCGUCCUGUCCAAGAUACCGGAGAUGCUGGACACGGCCUUCCUCGUCUUCCAGAAGAAGCCGGUGAUCUUCCUACACUGGUACCACCACCUCACAGUGAUGCUUUUCUGCUGGCACGCCUAUGCGUACACCAUUUCUAGCGGCCUGUGGUUUGCCACGAUGAAUUACUGUGUGCAUUCCAUCAUGUACUUUUACUACUUUGUGUGUGCGUGUGGGCUGCGCAAG